AUGGAGCCUUGGCGGAGCCUCCUGAAGCAACUCGCCGAGGAGCUGGAGAAACAGUCGGCCAGGCUCCAGGAGCUCGAACGGAACCAAAAGCUUGCAGAGACACCUGACUUACAGGUAAUCCAGGCGCGCGUUCGCACCAGCGAGGCCUCCUUGGAAGUGGAUGUAGUCGAGAGUGCGGUGGAAGAUGUCGCUCUUCCAAAUUGUCGGGGUCGAGGCGAACGUUGCUCCUUCGAUGCGGAUCCAGUGCUUCACCCGGUGCUCCCCAGCCAGCGUCCCUCACUGCUGCGUCCGACGCGGCCCAGCCAAGUGACAUCUGCCGCGGUGGCGGACGCGCGGGUGUCCAAGCUGAUGAAGGAGAAGAUGCAGGUUUCGGUCGUGAGAGCCAGGACCAAGGAGUUCGCAGUGAGCAAGCAUUGGUUCGUCAUCAACCCGGACAGCAACCGAUUCUCGCAGAUUUGGCAAGUGAUCGUGAACUUCGCGCUGGGCUACGUUGCCUUGGUGACGCCGCUUCAGGUUGGCAUGUUGGAGAUCCAGUGGGACAUGCUCUUCGUGAUUACUUGGUGUGUUGACCUCGUCUUCAUCAUUGACAUGGUCCUCCAGUUCAUUACAAUGUAUCCGAAGACCACUGCAAGGGGUCUCGAGUGGGAGUUCCGACCACGCAAGAUUGCGAUGCAUUAUGUCAAGACGUGGUUCUGUCUUGACUUUUUGACCCUCAUCCCGCUCGACACGAUCGGGCUCUUGUCCGACGCCGAUCGCCUCAAGGACUUGCGCAGCAUCAAGGUGAUCCGUGUGCUUCGGCUGCUGAAGCUGAUGCGGCUCCUGAAAACCUCGAAGCUCACCCACCGAGUUGAGAUCCCGAAUUCCAUCCCCUACCAGCACGUGGCUCUUUUCCGCUUCCUUUUGGUGCUGAUCCUGGCGUGCCACUGGCUGGCAUGCGUCUGGGCCAUGACCUUGAAGCUGGUGGAUGAGCAGUACCCCCAGUGGAUCAGCGAGAUCGAGGUGGCGGAUCUGCCCUUUGGCAUCCGCACCCGGGAUGUGCCCUGGCGGGUGUAUAUUGCCUCCUACUACUUCUGCUGCUACACCAUGACCUCUGUGGGCUAUGGGGACUUUGGGCCCCGGAACGUGCUGGAGCGGAUGGUUUGCACCUGGAUUGUCUUGGUCUCGGGCCUCUCCUGGGCCUACAUCCUGGGAGAGGUUUGCGCCAUCGUCAGCGAGAUGACGGCUGAGAGCCAGCGCUUUCGGAAGAAGAUGCACCACCUGAAUUCCUUUAUGGAAGACCAGGGCCUGUCACAAGCUCUGUGCUGUCGCCUCCGCAGCUUCUUCCUCCAGAACCGGCACCAGGCGCAGCAUUUGACCCGCCAGAAGCUACUGGACAACUUGAGCCCCCAGCUGCACGCGGAAGUCUGCACCGCCAUGAACCUGGCAUGGCUGGAGAAGGUCACCUUCUUCCGGCAGUUCAUGGCGUUGGUGGACACCAUGGAGACCGAAGGAGUGCACACGGCUCCGUACCGCUCCUGCAUCGCCGACAUCUCAAGGGAGCUGAAAAUGGGCGCAUUCGCGCAACGGGAGAUCUUCGACAACGUGCAGGUGCUGUACAUUUUGUCCAAGGGCCUUGUGGCUUUGAACAGCCGCGUGGGUCACAACGGCGCCGUUUGGGGUGAGGACUUCGUGCUGUCGGACACCAGCCUCAUUCGGCCAGUUGCAGGCUUCGCCCUGACCUACAUCGAGGUGCUCUUCCUCACACGGGAGUCCUUCAUGCGGGUCAUCGAGCGCCGAAAGCUCACCUGCCCUGAGCUGGGCCAGAUCGUGCGCCGCUACUGCGUUCGGGUGGCCGCGAUCCGGGGGGUCAUCGCGGAAGCCAGGAAACGGGCCCGCACCAUGGUGCAGCAGCGAUCCCAGACCUCGGAGAGCCCAACUCAGCGCUACUCGUCCUUUGCUUGGCCGCUUCCCCCGGGGCUCAUCGAGAAGUGA